AUGGAACAAGCCCAGCAGAGCCAGCCAGACGCCUUGGCCGCACGCAUCUACCUGGGUAACCUCCCGUAUACGGCCAAACCCUACGACAUUGAGGAAUUGCUCGCCGCCAAUGGCUUCGACCAUUUUCAAAAGAUCCAUAUAUCCAUAGACCCCGUCAGUGGGCGAAACCCCGGCUACUGCUUCGUCGACUUCCCCGACCGCGACACUGCCGGCCAUGCCCUUGCCUCCUUGAGCGCAACCAUCAGCGGACGGCCUAUCAAGGUCGGCCCCUGCGACCCCAAGAAGCAGCGCGAUCGAGGCGGGAACCACGAGGCCGACUCUUCUUCCCGGCGAUGGGGCGAUUGGAGCACCCAAUCCAGCGAUGGCGGGAUUGCCACUGGGCGAUUCGACACCAAGGGCGCCGAACAGGGUCCCUACUGGGCAGUGGAUCAUUUUGAAAACAUGGUAGAGAGCCUCGAGGGGCGGAGGCUCUACGUCGGCGGGUUGGGGAAGAUGGUUGACCAAGCUCAACACAACCGAGAAAUCACGGAGCUCUUCUCCGACUUCACCCCGACGGCGAUUGGCAAACGAAUCACGCCGUAUGAAAGGACGAGAUUCAUGCCAGGCAACCACCACUACUGCUUCGUCGACUUCGAAACCAGGGAGCAGGCGAACGCAGCGAAGAAGGCCCUACACACCAGGACCAUUCCGGGGGGCAGGCUGAAGGUUUCGGUGGCCGGUGGCAUACCGAACAAGCUGGCAAAUCCCGACACGGGUGUCAGAUACGGUCGGAGUGUGUACGAUGGUUCCCGUUCAGGAAACACGGCGCCUUCGAAUAGGGCCGCAGCAUCCACUGACUGGCGCAGGAGAGAUGACGAGUAA